GUUUUAUUUCUCAACCCGAAGAAUUUAGUGGCUGCGACGAGAACUUCACCUUAGAGGCUUGAACCCUAAAACCCGUCUCCCGAUCCAGUUUCAGAAUCCGACCUCGUUCUGUGCCUUUGGCAAGAGACAUGAGAUGGCUGAGAUAUCUAAACCAAUGGCGUGGAACUGCGAAGGAAGCAUUGGAGCAAGUAUCAAUCGUCGCCAAGUUUCUCUGUUUGAUCCACGUCACCGAUCGUUACAUAAUCUCAUCCACUCACGUUCAAGGUCCUAGCAUGCUUCCGACGCUUAACCUCACCGGCGAUGUCAUUUUAACUGAACAUUUAUCACAUAGAUUUGGUAAGAUCGGUCUCGGUGACAUUGUAUUGGUUCGGUCUCCGACAGAUCCGACGAGGAUGGUGACAAAGCGGGUCUUAGGUUUAGAAGGGCAUAGACUCUCUUUCUCUGCUGACCCAUUGGUCGGUGAUAGCUCAGUUAGCGUUGUGGUUCCAAAAGGUCAUGUUUGGAUUCAGGGGGAUAACUUGUAUGCUUCAACUGAUUCACGUAAUUUUGGACCUGUACCUUACAAUCUCAUCGAAGGAAAAGCUCUUCUUCGGGUCUGGCCACCACGAUUCUUGGGGUCAUUGAGGUGACGAUCAUACACUUUCCGAUAAAAGAAAUCACAAAACUGGGAUAAGCAUUUUUGCUCGGUUUCUUUUUUGGCAAUAUUAGAGAAAGCCAUGGACCUGACGUUGUUUUAUAGCUGAAGCUACCUUUAAUGUUAAGAUUCAUUUUUUUAGAGAGA